ACCGGCGGCAGACUCAUGGAAAGAAGCGAAGAAGUUGCGGAGUCGAGGGGGUGUUGCCCUUCCUCAUUUCUUACCCCCUACCGUUUGGAGAAUGGUAGGGCCUUCUUUUGUUUGGCGCGCCCGCGCCUUUUAUCGCAAGAGGCGGGGCGGGAGCUCAGUCGAGCCAGCGAAGGCCGCGAAGGAGGGCGCGCGGCGGCAGCAGCAGCAGCAGCAGCAGCAGCAGCAGCAGCAGCAGCAGCAACGGGCAGGUGGGCUCGUUAUUUUUUUCCUGUCCUCGCGGGAGACGGUCGGUCGCUCUUCAUCAUGUCCUUUCGCCAGCGGAGCCCCCUCGGAGGCCGCGCCCACGAUAGGCCACCAGCACGUUGGACCCAAGGAAGAAAGCGUGAUGCAGAUGGAAAAUACAGAAGCACUCAUGAUUCAGGCUUACCUGAUGAUAAUGAUGAUGAUAGUACACACACGGUACUAGAUAACAGGCCAGAAAGUUUCACAACACCAGAAGGACAUAAGCCCUAUUCAAGGUGUUCGGAUUGGGGAACUGCAGUGGAAGAAGAUGAAAUGAGGACAAAUGUUAAUAAAGAAAUGGCAAGGUACAAAAGAAAACUCUUGAUAAAUGAAUUUGGAAGAGAGAGAAAACUUUCUACUGGAAGUUCUGAUUCCAAGGAGUCCACAGCAGCAGUGGAACUUGAGACUGAUGAGGCUGUUCUAAUGAGGAGACAGAAACAAAUAAAUUACGGAAAGAACACGCUUGCAUAUGACAGAUACAUUCGAGAAGUUCCAAGGUGUCUAAGAGUCCCAGGGGUUCACCCAAGGACUCCAAAUAAAUUUAAGAAAUACAGUCGCAGAUCUUGGGACCAACAAAUCAGACUUUGGAAGGUUGCAUUGCAUUUUUGGGAUCCUCCCACUGAGGAAGGCUGUGACACACAAAUAAUUAGUCCUGUUGAUCUUAGUGAUAUGGAAACAGAAUCUGUACGAAGUAACUCUGCUCAAUCACAAGCAAGCUCUCAGGAUAAUGAGGAAAACUGCAGCGGCACACCAACCAAAGUGAGAAGUAUCGACCAUCUGGUAGAUGAUGAGUUUGAGCUAGAGGCCUGUUAGACUUUGAGACACUUCAUAACUAUAAAUGUACAUUUUGUGGGCUCCUGUUUGAGGGAAAAGUGUAUUUCGUCUGAUAUUUGCAAAAAUAGCUCAUAGAGCUUGUGUCUAAUAAACUGGACAGAGGAAAUAUGGCAGCUAUAAAUCACAAUAUUUCUCUUGACCAGUUCUUUUUCCAAGAAUGAAACUUGGGACAAUUGUCUAAUUGAUAUAUACACAGUAAGUAGUUUUAUAAGCAGUUUCUAGUUCAUAUGGUUAAACCGACCCAGAGUUGCUGUCAGAUAUCAAGAAUCUGGGAAAUAUCGAUAGGGCAUUUCCCACAAAUUAUAUAUUUUCAAAACUAUUUGAACAGCUUAAGUGGGACUUUAUGCCCUGAAAUACAAGUUUUCUUCAGAUUCUUCAGCACAUUAUAGCAACAAUAAGAUAAUGAAUAUAAGAAAGCUUCUUUCUUGGAGAAAGGACUAUAACCCAGUUUUUGAGCCCACUUUAUGGUGGUAGUUAUCACAAAGUUGUAUUCUGAAUUGAUGCUUGUAAAUAAUUGCAUGCUGACCUUACUAACUUUUUUAAAAAAUUAAUGAGCAGAACUUAGAAAACUGUUCUAUUUUUAUUCUUUCUUAAUGUAAACUUACAGAUUUUUUUACUAAAAUAUGCAGUUGCUGGUUUUUGUAUGGACCAAUGCAUAAAUAAAGCAAGAACAUCUUAAUUUGA